CAUCUAUAAAUCCAAGGCCAAGUCCCUGCACCUCAAAAAAUUCAUGCUUCCCUUAGGAGGCUUGCAGUAGCUAUCUUCUUCCAGCUACGCUACCUAACCUAGCUAGCUAGCUCACUCCAAAUUGCAUUCGCCAUGGCCAGCACCAGUAGACUAGUGCCUUCUCUUCCAGCUGGUUUCCGAUUCCACCCCACAGAUGAGGAGCUCAUCGUUCACUACCUCAUGAACCAGGCUGCCUCCAUACCAUGCCCUGCGCGUAUCAUCGCCGAGGUCAACAUCUACCAGUGCAACCCAUGGGAUCUUCCUGCCAAAGCCCUGUUUGGAGAGAAUGAGUGGUACUUCUUUAGCCCGAGGGAGCGCAAGUACCCGAAUGGUGCCCGGCCGAACCGUGCCGCUGGAUCGGGCUACUGGAAGGCCACCGGCACUGAUAAGGCCAUUCUGUUGACUCCGACGAGUGAGAGCAUUGGAGUCAGGAAGGCCCUUGUGUUCUACGAGGGUAAGCCUCCCAAGGGUGUCAAAACGGAUUGGAUCAUGCACGAGUACCUCCUCACAGGAGCUAACAAGACCACAAAGCGCAGGAGAUCCUCCAUGAGGUUGGAUGACUGGGUGCUGUGCAGAAUCUACAAGAAGAGCAACAACUUUCAGUUCUCUGAUCAGGAGCAGGAGGGCUCAACCAUGGAGGAAGACUACUCCCUAAACAACAGCAUGAAUUCUGCUGUUGCAUCCUCGCCAAAAUCUGAAGCUGCUGCUGACGAUCAGCUCCACCCGGCGACCAUGAACAUGAGCAAGUCAUGUUCGCUCACCGAUCUUCUCAACACCAUCGAUUACUCGGCGCUCUCGCAGCUGCUCCUCGACGGCUCAUCUGAUGCCCCAGCUGAGGCUGAACCACAGCAAAGCCCACUAAUCUAUCCUACAGGAAUACCCGCAUACCAAGAGCUUAACUAUAACCACAACGUGAAUAAUAGACACAUCAGUAUGACACCACAAGUAGAUGCAUCUUCAUAUUGUAGUAUCAACUAUAACGGCAUGAAAAGGAACAACGUAAUAAUGCCGAUGGAUGGUGCUGGCUCCUUCGAUGAUGGCAGCAAUUUCGUGAAAAAAUUGCAACUGCCAAGUGAUUCACGGAAUGGCAAUAUUGGCAGCACAAGCAGCUACUGCAACCAGCAGCUUGUAGACACCAGUAGCUUUCAGUACAGCAGCCUGCUGAGCCAUCCGUUUCUGAACCAGCAGCUGCCGCUACUGAACAACCACCUCGAGAUGCAGUAGCAAGCCAGGCCUCCAUUGUGUUAGUGCACGAUCCAGAUGUGAAUUGAUACAACUAAAACUUCGUUGGACAAACAGAUCGGCUGCGGAGUUUUACAGAUUAUUGAAACUCCUGUAGAGAUCUACAGAGGUUUGAACUUCCUGUAGAGAUUCACGACAGGCAGACGGACAGACUGAAGGGUUAUUCUUGUUCUUGCAGGGAACAAAUCAGAAAUUCCCAUAUGGGAUUUAUGAGUUGUUCGUUUUCAUUUUCCAUGUAAAAGAUUGUAGAUUAGGGGUGUACUGCAUACCAUCAUGUGGAGAUCAAUGAAUGAUGACCACGUUUCUUGUA